UUGAAAACCAAAUUAUCCAUAUACAUAUAUACCUACAUAUAUAUAUACACAUAUAUAUAUCCAUGUACAUAUAAUCUGUACUAAAAUUGGACCAUAAGCGAGGGAUUUUGUUGGAGCUCACUCCCAUAAGCCGAGGUGUAUUCUCAACAUGAGCGAGAGGGUAACAAGAUCGCAGAAACAACCCUUAGAGCCAGGGUUGAAAUUAUUUCAGCGCAAACGGGCUACGGACGGGCGUCCAGAUCUGAAAGGACUGUAUGAUCAUUUGGACGAGAUCUAUUUUAAUAAUGAGCUCGCAAAUGCGGGCUAUACGUUUCACUGGGGGCCGAAGAUGCCAUCCGCUUCGGGGUGCACGGAUUUGCCUAGGCGCGAGGUGCGCAUAAACUGGGAAGUACACAGCAUGCUUCCUGAAGAAGAUUUGAUCGGGACCAUGCUGCACGAGAUGAUACACGUGAAGCUAUUCCGGGAGAGGAAGGAUUUCGAUAGCCUCAAUCACACUGAGGUAUUCCAAAGAGAAGUGGACCGUAUCAAUGCCAUUGGACCCUAUCGAGCGGACAUUAUUCACCAUCUUCCACAGAGAGUGACUAACCAACUAUAUCCGUACGUAUGGAGAUGUAGAAGCUGUACGUACAAGUUGCGGUCAUCAAGCUCUCUGAUACCUGGUCCGAGAAAUGUCCAUUUUGUGCGUGGGCAAAAAGUUUGCGACAACCCCUUGUGGGUCAAAGUCAAAUAA